AUGAAACAAUAUAAAAAUAUAGAAGUAUCUUUUUUAAAUUACAACGACAUACUAAAUAAAAUAGUAAGAGUGGACAACGAAGAAUUUAUAAUAAGCUUAGUAUAUAAUUCGUCUCCUUAUUUACACAAAAGAAUAAGAUACAGAGACGGAGGAAUAUUGUGUGAAAAAAUAUUCGGAUAUCGUUAUAUAUGUCAUAGUAAAACAUGUAACAAAGUAUUGAAGUUUAAUGAAAAUAGAAUAAAAAAUUCUUCUUGUUAUUAUUGUGGAAAAGCUAUGAAAUUUAAUAAUGAAAGAGAAGGACGUUAUGGCGCUAUAUUUUUAUACUUCCCUAUAUGUAACCCAAUUAACAUUAAAAACUUAUCAGAUUUAUUUAAGUUAUUUAAAAAAUUUAAUGAAUUUGAUAAAUAUAAUGUAUAUUAUGGUGAAUGUUAUAGAGCUCCUACAGCUCCAUGUGAAGAACAACUUUCUGCAAGCGAUUUUGAACGUUUUUUUAAUAGAUUUUACAAUUUUAUAAAUUUUUUAUACGAAUUUUGUAAAAUACUUAAACUAUUUAAAACUAAACUAUUUAGAAAAAAAUCGUAUAAAAGUAAAAUUUUUUCAGACAAUAUACACAUAAUUAAACACAUACAAAACAACCAUUUCACAGAAUAUUUUGUGAUUCUUAUGCCUGUUAUACCUAUAAAUUUAAGAGAAAAUUUAGGAAAAAUUAAUAAUAAAAAGAUAGAUUCUAAAUUUAAUUAUAUAUAUAGGUUUCUUUUGAACGCUAAUAAUACAGUUUUAAAUCGUCCAAAACACAAAUAUAAUUUAAAAAGUAUAGCUAUGUUAUUUUUUACAGCUAAGACCCUUAUAACAUAUACAUUAUUUUUAGAUGCUUAUCCGGAUUCUAAUAAUAUCUAUAAUAGACUACACGGUAAAUAUGGUUUAUUUAGACAAAAAUUACUUGGAUUUAGAGUUGAUUGUUCAGGUAGAUCUGUUAUAGUGCCUGGUCCAGAUUUACAUAUAUCUUAUGUUGGUCUUCCAUCAAACAUGUUGCAUAAAUUUUCUUUAACUUACAAAGAUUAUGAAGAUGAAAAUAAAAAAAAACUAAGAAAAAAAAUUAAAAAAUUUAGAAGGUCUAUAUUAAAAUUAUAUGAUCCAAAUCUAAAAACAAUAAGUAGAAAAAAAGCAAGAAAACUAUCUAAUCGUUGCCUGUUGUCAUGUGAUUUAUUUGACAAUACAAUAGAUAAUACUGUUAUAGUUAAUAGAGCCCCAACACUGCAUAAGAUGAAUACUCAAUCAUUUCACCCUCUUAUGGCAGAAGGAAGAGCUGUGAAAUUCACACCUAUAUGUUGUGCAGGCUAUAAUGCUGACUUUGACGGAGAUCAAAUGGGUGUAUUUUCUAUUAUAUUUAAAAAUUCUUUAAUAGAGGCUCAACUUUUAACUAGACCUAUGAUUAAUUUAUAUUCUCCUACUAAUAAAAAGAAUAUAUUUAAUCUUACACAAGGGGCACUUUUAGGUAAAUACACAUUAACAGCGUACAAUUAUACUAAUUGCUUAUCUACGUCAGUAAUAGCCUGCAAUAACGCUGUUUUAGUAGAAUUAAGUUUUAACAAUUUUUAUGUAAAUAGUCCUUACACAUUAAGACAUUAUAAACGUUUUUAUAAAACAACAAUAGGAAGACAACUAACAUCUUUUAAAGUUGAUUUUAAACGAAAACAAAGUUAA